AUGGAUAUGAACAAUAAGUCUACUGUGUCUGAAUUUGUUUUGCUGGGGCUCUCUAAAUCUUGGGAACUACGGAUAUUUUUCUUUAUGGUGUUUUCAUUGUUUUAUGUAGCAGCAAUGGUGGGUAAUAGCCUCAUAAUCAUCACAGUUAUAGCCAAUUCUCAUCUACACUGUCCCAUGUACUUCCUGCUUUCCAACCUCUCCAUCAUUGAUAUGUCUCUUGCUUCCUUUGCUACCCCCAAAAUGAUUACAGACUACCUAACUGGUCACAAAACCAUCUCUUUCAAUGGCUGUAUCACCCAGCUGUUCUUUUUACACCUUUUCACUGGUACUGAGAUUAUUUUGCUAAUGGCUAUGUCCUUUGAUAGGUAUAUUGCAAUUUGUAAGCCCCUUCGCUAUGCUUCAAUUAUUAGUCCCCAGGUGUGUGUUGCCCUUGUGGCGGCUUCCUGGAUUGUGGGAAUCAUGCAUUCAAUGAGCCAGGUCAUAUUCGCCCUCACAUUACCAUUCUGUGGUCAAAAUAAGGUAGAUAGCUUCUUCUGUGACCUUCCUGUGGUGUUCCAGCUGGCUUGUGUAGAAACUUAUGUUCUGGGGCUCUUUAUGAUAUCAACAAGUGGGAUAAUUGCUUUGUCCUGCUUUAUUCUUUUAUUUAACUCAUAUGUUAUUGUCCUGGUUACUAUCAAGCAUCAUUCUUCUGGAGGAUCAUCUAAGGCCUUUUCUACAUGUACAGCUCAUUUCAUUGUUGUCUUCAUGUUCUUUGGGCCAUGCAUCUUCAUCUAUAUGUGGCCACAAAACAGCUUUCUGAUAGAAAAAAUUCUGUCUGUGUUUUAUACUAUCUUUACUCCUAUUCUAAAUCCAGUAAUUUACACUUUGAGGAAUCAAGAAGUAAAGACAGCCAUGAGAAAACUGAAGAAUAAGUUUCUAAAUUCCAACAAGGCAAGUCCUUUUCAUUAUUUUUAA